UUGGUAACAAUUUGACAUUGAAGUUGCAAUUCUCAAUUUUUUUUCCUCAUGUUCCUCAAGUUUUUCAAUCCCCACCUUUCAUUUCACUUUUUUCUUUUUUUCAUCUUCUCUUUCCACAUAAAUCAAUGGUUAAAAACAAAAUUUACCUAAUCUUAACAUGAGAGAAUUCUCUCUGCAAUUUCAGAGACCAAAAUAGUUAUUUAGUGGAUUUACUUUGAAUUUUUCUGCCUCUAAUUAUUUUUCAAAAAAAAAUCAUGUGUUUCAAGUUCCAACCAAUGGCAAGCAAGACGACAAGCGAGUGUUUGACUCUUCUUCCACAUUGACCAUUCAACUAGUUUCUGUUGCAGUCACUAGUAUAUCAUUUCUCUCACAAAUUUCAUCCACCAUAAUUUACCUAACAAAGAUUCAACUCCACAACAUAACCAAAAUGCAUAUCUUCAAAUCCUCAACAAUACCAACACAAUUGAUUCUUGUUUCAUCCUUGUUAAUUUUACUUACCUUCCCAAUUCAAGCUUCUCCAGUAUACACUUUCCACGCCUGCACAGACCAGCAACAAUCCACCUAUUACAAACCAAAUUCUAAUUUCCAAACCGCUUUAAAAACACUUCUCUCUUCCCUCAUCUCAAAUUCCACUUUCCACAACGGUUUCUACAACAUCCGCAUCCCUCUCUUCAAUUCCCCCAACGACUUAAAAGGUCUCUUCCUCUGCCGCGCCGACGUUUCUCCCUCCACCUGUCAAAACUGUGUCACCGCCGCAGCUAACAACAUCACUAAAUUAUGCAACAACGAAACUGAGUCUAUAAUUUGGUAUGAUGAGUGCUUAUUGCGUUACUCUAACACUUCUUUCUUGAAUCAUAUAGUUCCAGCAGGGAACUUGUAUUCUGUUGAGAGUAUUCCUGAUUCUCAAGUUACCCAAUUUCGUGAUUUUGUUGCAAAGCUUUUGAAGGAUUUAGCAAAUGAAGCUGUCAAUUCUAAUUCUGGUCAGAAGAGUUUUGCUGUAAAACAAGAUAAUUUCUUGGGUUCUAUCAAGAUAUAUUCUUUGGCACAGUGUACACCUGAUUUGUCCACUUUUGAUUGUAACACUUGCUUGCAAAGUGCUAUUAGUUCUAUUGGAGAUUGUUGUAGCUCGAAACGAGGUGCAAGAUCGCUUCUUCCAAGUUGUAAUAUUCGAUAUGAAUCUUAUCCGUUUUACAAUGUUUCUGCUGUUUCCACUCAACCACAACUUGAAUCUCCUUCUUCAGGGAAAAACAAUGUUUCUAUAAUUAUUGCAAUUGUUGUCCCAAUUGUUGUUGCUGUGGUGCUUUUCAUUAUCGGCUGUUACUUCCUGCGUAAGAGGGCAAUCAAGAAGUAUAAGUAUAAUGCUACAUUCAUCAGGGGGUCUUCUUCAAUUCGGAGGGAGGAUUUUACUGAUAUAGAGUGUUUGCAAUUUGACUUUACCACAAUUGAAGCUGCCACAAAUUGCUUCUCCAAUGAGAACAAGAUUGGCCAAGGUGGAUUUGGCGUGGUUUAUAAGGGCAUUCUUCCUAACAGACAGGAGAUAGCUGUGAAGAGGUUGUCGAUGACCUCCUUGCAGGGUGCAAUAGAGUUCAGGAAUGAAGCUUCCCUUGUGGCGAAGCUUCAACAUAGAAAUUUAGUGAGGAUGUUUGGAUUUUGUUUGGAAGGGAGGGAGAAGAUACUUGUCUACGAAUACAUAAGAAAUAAAAGCCUCGAUCACUUUCUAUUUGAUCCUGUAAAGCAAAGGGAGUUAGAUUGGUCAAUACGGUACAAGAUUAUAGUUGGCAUCGCUCGAGGGAUUCUUUAUCUCCAUGAAGACUCCCAACUUAGAAUUAUUCACCGUGAUCUCAAAGCUAGCAACGUUCUAUUAGAUGAAAAUAUGAACCCAAAGAUUUCAGAUUUUGGGAUGGCAAAAAUUUUCCAGGCAGAUCAAACUCAAGUAAAUACAGGAAGGAUAGUUGGGACUUUUGGUUACAUGUCUCCAGAAUAUGCAAUGCGUGGACAGUUCUCUGUGAAGUCAGAUGUGUUUAGCUUCGGUGUCCUUGUUUUGGAAAUUGUGAGUGGCAAGAAGAAUACCGAUUUAAAUCAUUGGAAUAACGCUGAUGACCUCUUAAGCUAUGCAUGGAAAAAAUGGUCAGAGCAAACACCUUUGGAGUUACUGGAUCCAACACUACGAGGUUCUUAUUCAAGAAAUGAAGUUAUCAGAUGCAUCCAUAUUGGUUUGUUAUGUGUUCAGGAAAAUCCACUUGACAGGCCAUCCAUGGAAACUAUUGCACUUAUGCUCAACAGUUAUUCAGUUACCAUGUCAUUACCUCAACGGCCACCGUCUCUCCUGCGUGGAAGAACGCCCGACAGAAUAAAGCAGGGGCUUGAUUCUGAUCAGUCCACCACCUGUUCAAUUCCAUGGUCUGUGAAUGAAGUAUCCAUUACCGAAGUACACCCACGAUAAAAUAUAUUGUUUUUAUGUUUUCUUUGAUCCAUCCAGUAUGUUCAAAUUAUGUCAUAAUAUUGUGUUGCAGCUACAUUUACCUAGUUUGUAUAUGUUGUAAGUAUUAAUGGCUAACAUAAUUCAGUCAUAUAAUAGUAAAGAUUAUGGCAACUGAGUGCUGAUUUUGUUGGUUGUAUAUACUUACAAGCUUCGUGCUGAAAGCACAUGCAGAAUAGAUAAAGCAUGAUGCAGAGAGCAGAGUCAUUUGCAAGAAACAAA